AGCCAUGGCUGCAGAGAACCCCGUGGAAAGUCUCCAGGAGGAAGCUACAUGUCCCCUCUGUCUGGAGUAUUUCACAGAACCUGUCACUCUGGAGUGUGGGCACAAUUUCUGCCGAGCCUGCAUCAGCCAGUGCUGGGAGGGAUUCGAUACAGCCGCCUCCUGCCCUCAGUGCAGAGAAACUGUGCAACAGAGAAACCUCAGGCCAAACAGGCAGCUGGCAAAUGUCCUAGAAAUAGCCAAACGGCUGAGUUUACAGGCAGCAAAAGGAGCAGGAGAGGAUGGGGUGUGUGAGAGACACCAGGAGGCUCUGAAACUGUUCUGUGAAGAGGAUCAAACCCCGAUCUGUGUGGUGUGUGACAGAUCUCGGGCUCACGGUGCUCACGCGGUGGUUCCCAUAUAGGAGGCUGCCCAGGAGUACAAGGAAAAAAUCCAGGCCCAUUUGAAGAUUCUGAGGGAAGAGAGAGAAAAGCUGCUGGGAUUGAAAGUGACUGGAGAGGGGAAAAGCCAGGAGUAUCUGAAACAAACACAAACCGAGAGGCAGAAGAUUGUGUCUGAAUUUCAGCAACUGCGGCAGUUCCUGGAGGAACAAGAGCGACUCCUGCUGGCCCAGCUGGAAAAGCUGGACGAGGAGAUUGAAAGGAUACAAAAUGAAAAUUUCAGUAAACUCUCCAAGGAGAUUUCCCAUCUCAGUGAGCUGAUCGGUGACAUGGAGUGGAAGUGGCAGAAGCCAAUGAGUGAAUUCCUGCAGGACAUCAGAAGCACCUUGAGCAGGUGGGAGAAGGGGAAGUUCCAGCAGCCAGAGGAGAUUUCUCCAGAACUGGAAGAGCGAGUCAGUGAUUUCUCCCAGAAAACUAUUGCGCUAUUGGAGGCUCUGAGGAAGUUCAAAGACACUCUGCCAUCUGCACUGGAAACAAAAACAAGGGAACUCCUAGGCGCACACAGACAGGAGAAUGUGACUCUGGAUCCAGACACGGCUCAUCCCAAACUCAUCCUGUCUGAAGAUCGAAAAAGCGUGAAAUGGGGAGACACACGGCAGCGACUGCCCAACAACCCUAAGAGAUUUGGCACUGAGCCCUGUGUGCUGGGCUGUGAGGGAUUCACCUCGGGGAGACAUUGCUGGGAGGUGGAGGUGGGGGGUGGGGGAGGCUGGGCUGUGGGGGUGGCCAGAGAGUCUGUGAGGAGGAAGGAAAAGAUCAGUCUUAACCCUAAGGGGGGGAUCUGGGCUGUGGGGCAGUGGGGGAGUCACUUCCAGGCUCUCACCUCCCCUGUGACCUCCCUGUCCCUGAGCCAGUUCCCCAGCAGGAUCCGGGUUUGUCUAGACUGUGACCAGGGGCAGGUGACAUUUAUCGAUGCUGGUGAUGAGGCCCCGAUCUUCACUUUCCCGCCGGGCUCUGUCCCUGGGGAGAGAAUCCGACCCUGGCUCUGGGUGGGGGAUCCUGGCUCAGACUGUGUCCCUGAGACAUGGGAAGUAAAUCUGAAGUUAGAUCAAGAGCAGAAAGAUCUCACUGGUCAGGACAAUGUUUCUCAGGAGCAGAUUAAAGUGGCUGGUCAGGCGGGACAUAUUUCUGAGCUCAGGAGAGUGAGACUAACCCUGUUACACUGUCCACAGGGAGCCAUGGCCACAGACAACCCUGUGGAAAGUCUCCGGGAGGAAGCUACAUGCCCCAUCUGUCUGGAGUAUUUUAAGGACCUGGUGAUUAUAGACUGUGGGCACAAUUUCUGCCGAGCCUGCAUCGCCCAGUGCUGGGAGGGAUCGAAUACAGACGUCUCCUGCCCUCAGUGCAGAGAAACUGUGCAACAGGGAAACCUCAGGCCGAACAGGCAGCUGGCAAAUGUUGUGGAAAUAGCCAAACGGUUGAGUUUACAGGCAGCAAAGGGAGCAGGAGAGGAGAGGGUGUGUGGGGAACACCAGGAGACUCUGAAACUGUUCUGUGAAGAGGAUCAAACUUCUGUCUGUUUGGUUUGCCAUCUGUCCCGGGAUCACAGAGAUCACAGGGUGGUUCCCUUAAAGGAGGCUGCGCAGGAGUACAAGGUGAAACUCCAGGGAGCCCUGGGCCCUCUGAGGAAGGAGCUGGAAGAGGCCCUGGCUCUGACGUCUAAAGAGGAGGAGAAAACCACAGAGUGGCAGAGGAAAGUGAAGAACAAGAGAGAGACGAUUGCAGGGGAAUUUAAGAAACUGCACACGCUGCUGAGAGAGGAGGAGGAGCUGCUUCUGCAGAGCCUGGAGGAGGAGGAGAGGGCAACUCUGCAGAGACUACAGGAAAAUGUCACCAAACUCUCCCGGCAAAGCUCCUCUCUGCAGCAGCUGAUCACAGAGAUCGAGGAGAAGUGUCAGCAACCAGUUGUCGAGCUGCUAAAGGAUGUGAAAAGCACAUUGAGCAGGAGUGAGAAUGUGAAACUCCAGGAACCAGAAGCUGUUUCUACUGACCUGAAGAAUGUGUAUAAAAUUUCCCUUGACAUGAAUGAAGUGCUGAAGAGAUUCGUAGUGGACGUGACUCUGGAUCCAGACACGGCAAAUCCCAACCUCGUCCUGUCUGAGGAUCGGAAACGUGUGAGACAUGGAGACAAACGCCAGGAUCUGCCCAACAACCCUGAGAGAUUUGAUCCUUGUGUCUGUGUCCUGGGUGCUGAGGGGUUCGCGGGCGGGAGGCGUUACUGGGAGGUGGAGGUGGGAGACAAGACUGACUGGGACCUGGGGGUUUGUAGGGAAUCUGUGAGCAGGAAGGGGCCGGUCACACUCUCACCUGAGGAUGGAUUCUGGGCCGUGUGGCUGAGGGGUGGGGGAUACAAGGCCCUCACCUCCCCCUGGACCCCCCUCCCCGUGAGCGUCAGGCCCAGCCGGGUGGGGAUUUUCCUGGACUAUGAGGCGGGUGAGGUCUCGUUUUACAAUGUGACUGACAGGUCCCAUCUCUUCACUUUCACUGGCACCUUCUCCGGGACGCUCCGCCCUUAUUUCAAUCCUGAUCUCAACGCUGGGGGUACAAACGCGGCUCCCCUGAUCAUCUGCCCGGUCCCAGCUGAGGCCGGAGGGAAUCUCUGUCCCUGA